AUGGGGAGCGCAAGAGGUUUCGACGUCGUUAAGGGUUAUGUGGACACGGAUUACGGCCAGAUUCACUUCCGCAGAUGCGGACAAGGCAUGCCGUCCGUGCUUCUCCUGCAUGCCGCCCCGCAAUCCUCCUCCAUGUUCUCCUCCGCGCUCAAGCGCUUUGCCGCCCGGGGGCUGCACGCCGUGGCCGUCGAUCUGCCCAACUGCGGCGAAUCCAGCCGUUCGUCCGUGGAGCUGACGAUCGCUGACGUGGCGGAGAUCGUGCUGCAGGCGAUCCAAGGGCUGAGAUUCACCAGCACCAUCGACCUGAUUGGACACCAAACAGGAGCGACAGUGGCGCUGCAAAUCGCGUCAGACCUCCCCCAGGUGGUGCGGCGAGUGGUGCUGUGGGGCGUGCCCAUGCUGGGCUUCAUGGAGCGAGGGGACGUGCUGAGGGAAGAGCCUCCCGAUUAUGACGGGGACCUAGAAGGCACUGUGGCGACCUUUUUGGAAAAGAGAUACCCGUACCCCGUGCCCUGGCAGCUCAAGGUAACGACAGGAGGUCUGGAGGUGGGUUUUGUAGAGUGUUGUGGGGUUCUGUGGGGUGGCCGGCUGCUGGGGCGCCUGGGAGUGGUGCUGUGGGGCGUGCCCAUGCUGGGCUUCAUGGAGCGAGGGGACGUGCUGAGGGAAGAGCCUCCUGAUAAUGUCGGGGACCUAGAAGGCACUGUGGCGACCUUUUUGGAAAAGAGAUGCCCCUACCCCGUGCCUUGGCAGCUAAAGGUCCGCACCAUGCUGUGCGGGGUGCUGUGUGGUGCUGUGCGGGAUGCUGUGUGGUGCUGUGCGGGGUGCUGUGUGGUGCUGUGUGGUGCUGUGCGUGCGGUGGCCUGUGGGGUGCCUGGGGGCCUUUGUCUUCCCCUCCCCAGUUGUCUUCCCCUCCCCAGUUGUCUUCCCCUCCCCAGUUGUCUCCCCCUCCCCAGUUGUCUUCCCCUCCCCUGCCCCUCCGCACCCCACCACCACCAGGUGCGCACGCUGAUAGACAUGCCACAGACCUACAAGCCUCUCUCCUGGUUGACUCGAGUCAUGGCAGUACGCACGCUCAUAGACAUGCUACAGACGUAUGAACGCCGCCCUUGGCUCACCCGAGCCAUGGCAGUGGUCGACCACGCUGCCCUGCUCGGCUCGCUCCCCAUGCCUGUGCUCUGCCUGGCCGGCGACAGCGAGCCGUUUCAGAAAGCGACGAUGAAGGCCGCCUUGCUGUGCAAGAACGGGCGGUACGUGAACCUGGGCUCGGCCGGCAGCGAUGUAGUAGAUGAGAUUCCCGAUGAUUACGUGGCAGAGGUUCUGGGUUUUCUCCUGGAGCCGGAUACAGAUGGGGGUGUGGGACCGGGGGGCGCGGGGGGAGGGUCGGGGAGAGUGGGGGGCGGAGUGGGGAGAGUGGGGGCGCUGGGGGGAGCGGCGCAGGGGGAGCGGGCGAGCUGGUCAAUUCAGAGUGAGGUGGUGGCGCAGGAUGGGGGGAGGAAGAUGUCUGCUGCUGCUGGCGUGGGGGGAGGAGGGGGGGGAGGAGUGGGGGGAGGAGUGGGGGGGAAUCAAGCGCUACGGCAAGGGUCGUUGCCGAGUAAUCUAGGGGGAGGAGCGGGAGGAGGGGUGGGAGGAGGGGGAGGGGGGGAAGGGGGAGGAGGAGCAGGUGUGGAUGGCGGCCAGUCGCCGAGGGGCGAGGGGGAUGAGAGGCGGUCGUCGAGUGAGAAGAAGCGAGGGCUGCUCAAAGGGCUUUUUCGAGGGAAGAGCGGGCUGCAGCAGCAGGGGUGA